AUGGGUCGGGGCAAGCCCACGCAGCAGGACAAGACAAAAUUAAAAUACAAUGCCGAAGCAAAAAACACAUUAAAAAGUUAUGGAAACAAUAAAAUCAGGACCACGAGAUACAGAUGGUACUCUUUUGUGCUUCAAAAUCUGCACGAGCAGGCGCAGCGAGUGGCAAACUUCUAUUGUAUUUGCAUUGUGGUCAUUCAACUGUUCAUUGAAUCUCCAAUUAGCCCAGCAUCUUCAGUACUUCCCCUUCUUUUUGUCAUUUUCCUGACUAUGUUUAAGGAAGGUUACGAAGACUUUUUGAGGCAUCGGGCAGAUCAGGAAAACAACCACAAGCCCAUUGAAGUUGUUGACGAAACUGGAGCUUUAGUCACCAAGAGGUCCUUCGAACUGGUGGUUGGUGACAUUGUGCUUGUUUGCAACGGUGACACUUUCCCCUGCGAUAUAGUUGUACUGAGCUCAAGUGAGUCUUCUGGUGAAUGUUUUGUGACAACAGCAAGCUUGGAUGGGGAGACAAACUUGAAACGGCUUUACGCGCCUCCUAUUACUCGAGAAUUGGAUAACCCUUCGGAUAUUGCCAAGAGUCUCCUUGCAACUAUUGUUUGCCAACAGCCGGUACAAGAUAUCUACGAAUUUACUGGGCAAAUAAUUGUUUCCGAGAUCGUAACUGGCACUGAAAGCACUCAUUCACUGAAUAGUGAAUGUUUACUUCUCCGUGGUGCGCGUCUACACAAUACAGACUUCAUUUAUGGAUGUGUGGUCUACACCGGUCACGACACAAAAAUGUCACUCAACACAAGGAAGAAAAAAGCAAAAUUUUCACAAGUUGAGCGUAAACUAAACACCUUUCUUUUGCUUUAUCUCCUGGGUCUUCUCCUUAUCUGCGUCGCUUACACGGUCCUCAAGAACCUUUUUAAAGUACGUGCAUGGUACAUCCACUCCCGUAAAAUUACUCCCUGGUAUGUCACCCAAGACCUGUUAGCCUUCAUUGUCCUUUUCAACCACGCCGUUCCAAUCUCCCUGUAUGUUACGAUGGAGUUGCAAAAAUUCAUUGGAUCUAUGUUUUUCGGCUGCGAUUUGGAACUUUACGAUGCCGAAAUUGACGAACGUGCCUUAGUGAAUACCUCCAACAUUCUGGAAGAAAUGGGCCAAAUUGAGUACCUCUUCUCCGACAAGACAGGAACCCUGACAAAGAACGAGAUGUCCUUCCAGCGGUUGGCUGUUGCAGAUGGGACUUUCCUCCUUCGCGACUCCAUGCUACAUCCCCUCUACGAGGUGCAAGCAACAAGAUUGCACGAUCUGAGGUCUCCUCGCUUUUCAGGUGCCGGUCUCUCCUCCACAAAAAUGCCCAUGACUGUCCAAAUCCUCCUCAUUUUUCUUGCGCUUUGCCACACCGUCAGAGUGGAACAGGACCCAGAUGCACGGCAUUCCUUGGGUAUCACUCUUAUGGAUUACAUUAAAAAGCAAAAUCGGUUGAAGAGGAGGAUGAAAGGGGGGUUCAAGCUAAUGCCAUCAAGCAAAGUGGCACCUCCAUCAAAAGAAUGGACCUACCGACGACGCGAAUCCGCCAUUCUCUCAGCACAGGAGGCCGUCUGUGCGGUGAACAGAGGAUCAGAAAUCGAUUCUGGUGAGGAUUAUGAAUAUCAGGCUUCCUCACCGGAUGAAAAAGCAUUUGUGGAAGGCUGUCGCGAUUUGGGAAUAAUCUACCAUGGACAGAACAAACGACAAUUGCAGGUGGUUACGCUCUUUGGAAGAAGGGGACUUCAGUAUCGUCUGCUGGAUGUCCUCGAGUUUGACGCAAAUCGCAAAUGCAUGUCUAUCAUCGUGCAGCCCGUGUUGCAAGGUGAGGAUGAAACACCCGACUACGUUCCGGAGAAACCGGCCCUCGUGCUCUGCAAGGGUGCCGACUCGAGCAUUCUUGCUAAGAGUGCCCCUCUGGAAAGUCUUCCAACUCUGCCCGAACCGAUGGGAGAUCCCCUUCUAGAUGGUCUCUUCGCUCCCUCCGAGGAGGUUCAAACACGAGCAGCUCUUUCAAACAAUCGGGUGUGUGAAAAUGUCACCAAAUUAGCGUCCUUUGGUCUGCGAACCCUGGUGGAAGGUGUACGUCUCUUGAGACCAGCUGAGUGGCUGCCUUUACAGCAGGAGUUAAACAAAGCGCGGACAAAUAUGGAAGACAAGGCGGGGGCACUGGCAAAGGCCUACCAAAGCAUUGAAAGGGAUCUCAUGCUAAUUGGAUGCACUGGCGUUGAAGACAAGCUGCAAGAUGAUGUGCCUGAGACACUGAUCGCCCUCCGUCAGGCCGGAAUUCAGAUUUGGGUUCUCACUGGCGACAAGGAGGAGACAGCGGUGAACGUGAGCUUCCUCUCCGGUCACUUCGGCCCCGGUCUCUCAACCAUCCACGUGACCAAACAGAAUAACCUUCUAGAGUGUUCUUUAACCCUGCAAACUCAACUUAACGCUGUUGAAAGGACCUGCCAAGAGAGCAUUCGAUUGCACUACGGUCUCGUGGUCGAUGGCCAGUCGCUAAACUUUGCGCUCCAGGCAACACAGAAGCACAAAUUUCUUCUCCUCUGUCGCGAGGCGGAUGCCGUGCUCUGUUGUCGCCUAACUCCGAUACAAAAGGCCGAGGUGGUGCGUGUGGUGAAGCACUCGCGUUCUCCACCACCCAUAACCUGUGCCAUUGGCGAUGGAGCCAACGAUGUCUCAAUGAUUCUUGAAGCACAUGUUGGAAUCGGUCUUUUCGGCAAGGAGGGUCGUCAGGCAGCUCGAGCUUCGGAUUACGUGAUAGGAAAGUUUCGAUUUCUCAAACGGACCCUCCUCUUCCACGGUUGCAAUUUCUACUGGCGUACAGCCAAUGUGGUGCUCUACUUCUUCUACAAAAACCUUGUCUUCGUAUUGGCACAGGCGUAUUUUGGCGUCUUUUCCAAAUUCGCCACUCAAACUGCCUUCAGUAGCCUCUAUUUACUGUCCUACAAUGUGAUAAUGACUUCAUCACCCAUCAUCAUUUAUGGCAUAUUAGAAAUGCCAUUCCCAGAGGAGGUUCUGCAAGACACACCGCUUAUCUACACAACCCUAUCUAGAAACCGUCUCUUGUCAUGGAAGAACUUCUUCGUGUGGAACGCAUUUGGGUUGUGGCACUCCAUCGUUCUCUUUUUCGGUUGCUACAUUCUCGCAACCGAGGGCGUUUCCAGGCCAGGCGGUGCAAUAGAAAGCCUCCAUGGUUUCGGGAGCAUGCUCUUCAGUUUCAUAUUUCUCGUGGUUACCAUAAAAUUGAUUCUCAUCACCUAUUCCCUCAAUGCUCUGCUGCUUUUGACCAUAGGUGGUACAGUGCUUGUCACCUACACAGUCCUUGUGUUGUUCAGUCAUGUUGCUAUUCCAGUGAGCGGUGGCAGAGACCUACUGGGCGUCUGGGAGAAUCUCCUUCGUGGACCUAGUGCAAUGAUCAACCUGUUUGGACAUGCGUUACUGCUGGUAUUGGCACUAGCACCGGAUAUUGUCUACAGGGUGUACGUGGACAGUUGUAGAGUGUUGCCGGCAUCGAGAGGCGGCUCAUUGCGAGGCAGUGAGACAGGGGCCAAAAGUGGAAGUGCUGGGAGACCACUACUGCCUCACUCCAUCUCCAAGAGGGAGACGCGUCCGACUUCACUUGCAUACUCUUCUACUUCAUGUUAA